AUGCUUCCGGAGGAGGAAGCUAAGGCCAUCAAUAUGGAUGACAUAUCAUGUUUUGAAGGGUGCCCAUUCGUCACCACUGCGUGGAGGUCUGAGGAUCCCAGUGUGAGAGUAAUGUUUGAUGCCUCUGGUAUAUUCGCAUUAACUCUCAUGAAACGUAACGCUCAGCUCCUUGAGGUGGACAUUGCCUCAAAUCAACUCACUGAUGCCUGCAUAAAUAGUCUCAUAGACCUCUUGGCGGCAUGUCCGAGUGAGCCAUGUUCUUCUAGACUUGGAUUAUCUCAAAUGUAG